AUGCGAGGGGUGUCCCUGGCUGUUUGCCUGAGCGGCUUCGGUCAGCACUGGGCCAAUUCCGGCGCUGGAAGCAUGUACCAAACAAGCAAAACGAGCUACGAUCUCAGCUACAGGAUCAAGACGCUGGAUCACUUCUUGUCCCACGACUGGAAGACAUCCCGGUGGUCCAAGCUGUUGACCUUGCUGAUAGUGUUUAACCUGCGUGCAGCGACAACCAUCACGCUGAUCACCUCGGUCUUUCUGGGUGCCCGCCAGGCCAUGAAUUUUUUCAGAUCUGAGAUCAAUGCCUUUCCUUACGUCGUGUUCAUCACAGUCCUCUGCUUCUGGCAACGGAUCCGGUGUAUUCUCAGACGGCGCACAGUAUUUUUAGACAAGCUCUGCAUUGCACAGCAUGACCCUGAGCUAAAGGCAGCUGGGAUCAUGGGUCUGGCUGCUUUCCUGGAUGUUUCGAAGGAGCUCGUGGUUCUGUGGUCGCCGCGAUAUUUCACCAGGUUAUGGUGCGCGUAUGAGCUUGCCAGUUACAUGAGGGACCCGAAGCAGAGAAGACCACUGCGGAUCAUACCGGUCGCGAUGUCAUGGAUUCUUGCCUUCAUGUUCCUCAAUCUUGCGAUGGUUAUGAUAACAUUUGAAGUCGCCAUUGAUUUGCUGCCGACUGGAUCAGGAUGGGGUUCGAUGAGUUGGGACGCCUACCCGCCCCUCAUAGCCAUCAUAGGCAGCGCUUGUGGUGUCGUGUUUCCGGUGGUGUUCUAUUUGGGGACGCAUUUGGUGCUGGACCUUCAGGCCCUUGAGCAGCAACUGAGUGAGUUCCUCGCCGAAGAAUCGGUGUGCUUCUGCUGCAGCAAUGACCAUCGGCAUCCAGUAACCGGACAGACUUUGGUGUGUGACAGGACCUUGGUCUACGACAAGUUAAGACAGUGGUACGGCCGAGACGAGGACCUCGGGGAGGAGUACCUGGACAGGUUCAACACCGUCGUGCGCAUGCGCUUGGGCGAGACCGUUCUGCAGGGCACUCGCCGCAUGAAGAUGCCUUUUGCGCACUGCGUUUACCUCGCGGCUGCCGCGGCUGCUCCUAAACUGACGGACGCCGCACGAGAAGCUACCAUGGAAGUUUUCAGGGAUGGUUCUACACCGGGUACCUUUCUGCUCAGCGCCCUCUCACACGCUCUUCUGUUCUGGGUCUUCCACAUUGCAGUCUUCUUGUUCUACAUGUGGCUUCAGUUCAAGGUUUGCCAAGUCGGUGCACAUCUUAUGCGCACUUUCCCUCUCAAGUGUUUGGUUGUUGUGUUCGCCCCCUUGACGAUUGCAGUCGCCGGCUCCACUUGGGUUGCCCUGGGGAUCGUCAACAACUGGCUCAAAAGACCUGGAGGUUUUGAGCGCGAAGUCCUUGAUUUGUGUUUCUUCGGCAUUACACUUCUGCUCGUGAGGGGCUCGGUGUUGCUAAGCUUGACGGUUUGCGGUGUAAGGCUCCCAAUCUCCUUUUUUUGUUUCAUGGAAGACGUCUCUCAGGCGAGAUCUGCUGGGCGCUGGGGCAACCCCAACCGGGUCGAGCCAUGCCACGCGACCCUGCUCGCGCCCGCGGUGGCCUGCCUCGUCGGUGCCGGGGCCGCAUCCUCGGGCAGCCACAGGCCCAGGAGGCGCGCCAGCGCCAAGACGGGCCUCCGCGCCUUCCGCCGCGAUCUCACCUUAGAGGGCUACCCCAUCCAUGCGAACGGUUACUACUGGACCCUGUCAAAGUGCACGGAGGCAGUGAUCAUCUAUAUCCCGAUUGCGGAUGACGUCAAGAAGCAGGAUGUCAUCUUUGACUGCCGAGAUGGCAUCCUCAAGGCGGGGUUGGUCCCCGAGAAAGGCGGCUUGGUUAUCAAUGACAAGCUCCUCUACGAAGUUGAUGUGGUAGAAUCGUACUUCAUGCUGGACGACGGUGAGUACAAGGAGCGAUGUAUCGUCAUCUGGCUCGAGAAGCGGACCCGUGAGCAAGUGUGGUACGCUUAUGAUAGGUUCGAGCCUGUCAGCGAGCGCUUCCUGCUCCAGAGCGAGCGGAAGAAGUCGGAACUCAAGUAUGAAAUCACCGAGAAGUGCUUCUUCGACAUUGAGAUCGACGAGAAGCCCAUGGGCCGCAUCGUGAUCGGUCUCUAUGGAGAGGACAUGCCAAGAACGGUGGAGAACUUCAAAUGCCUCUGCACCGGCGAGAAGGGCACCAGCGAGAGCACCGGCGAGCCGUUGCACUACAAGGGCACAAGGUUCCAUCGAGUGGUGCCCGGAUUCUGCAUCCAGGGAGGUCAGACCUUCGAGAACGAGGAGGGCUCUGGGGGAGAGUCGAUCUACGGCCCGACCUUCGAGGACGAGAACCUGCGCUCGAAGUUCCGGGACAAGGGUCUUCUGGCCAUGGCAAAUGGCGGCCCCAACACCAACGGCUCCCAGUUUUUCAUCACCACCAAGAAGGCGGAGCACCUCAACUUCAAGUACGUGGGAUUUGGCGAGGUCCUGAAAGGUUAUGAGGUGGUCAAAGCCAUUGAAUCUCUGGGCACAAAAAGCGGCGAGCCGGAAGAGAACGCAGUGAUUGCAGACUGCGGCACCAUGGAUUUCGAUGAGGGUGAGAAGGAGAAACUGAAGUAUCGGCGGACGCAGGUGCCGUAG